UCACUCACACACUUCAAACACUUCACACACCCAGCAAGAGGAGAAACUGAGCUUGUAUUCAUUCCCACAUGUAUACAUCCUCACUACAGAUAGGAGACAGUGUGGCAGUAGUGGUGCACAGCGAAAAAAAAUAAGAAUAUUGGUCUAUUGGUUUCAUUCAGUCAUUCAGUACCUACUGUAGAUGAAGUGCAUGCGCACAACUGCACGGACUGAUUGAGCCCGUGCUGCGGCUAACAUUAACGCAGUUAACGUUAGCAGCCGCUGGGCUAAUACGCUCUGCAGUCCACACGCCGAGCUAACAGUAAAUGCUCGCUGUAAGGACACAACCAGCGUCACAUAAUAGUGCCGUAUAUCACAGAAGACAGAGAGAAGGGCGAAUAUCCACUCAGGUACUGUGGGUGGAUUUUGCUGUGAUCAAGACUGAUCAACAAUGUUGAACCCGACCAAUGGCGAUCCAGGCCAUGUUGUUGCAAAUUACGUUGAGGAAUAUUUGGAUCUGGUGGAGUCACUGCCUUUUGAUUUGCAAAGGAGUGUGUCUCUUAUGAAGGAAAUUGAUGCAAAAUAUCAAGAUGUUCUGAAGGAGCUUGAUGAUGCCUAUGAACGAUAUCGCCGGGAAUCAGACUCCCUCCAGCGGCGGAAGCUGCUGUUGUCCAUUCAGAGGGCACUGAUCCGCAGUCAAGAGCUUGGAGAUGAAAAGAUCCAGAUUGCUGGUCAAAUGGUGGAGUUGGUUGAGAACCGAACACGACAAGUAGAAUGGCAUUCUGAGCUCCUCCAGUCCUCUCAGGAAAGCCCAGAGAGCCACAUCCCUACAGCAACCACCAUGACUACCACUGCAGCAUCCAUGAUGUCCUCAUCAUCAGCAACUAUCACUCCAGGCAAAGCAGGCCACCAUGAUAAGAGGCGUGAUGAGGUUACCCCAGGUUCAGGUGGAGGAGACAAGGCUGGAGGGAAACGGUCAAGACGGCAGAAAAAUGGAGAAAAUCGGGAAAGCUAUGGGGGUUUAGAUCACUCUGAGGAUGUGGGAGUGGGGGCAUCCCGGGAAAAGAGGGCCAAAACGUCUUCUAAGAAGAAGAAGAGGUCAAAAGGAAAGUCAGAGAGAGAGGUGUCACCCCCAGACCUUCCCAUCGAUCCAGAUGAGCCAACGUACUGCCUGUGUGAGCAGGUUUCCUAUGGGGAAAUGAUUGGCUGUGAUAAUGAUGAAUGUCCCAUUGAGUGGUUCCAUUUCUCCUGUGUGGGGCUCCAUCAUAAGCCCAAAGGAAAGUGGUUCUGCCCCAAGUGUAGAGGAGAGAAUGAGAAGACCAUGGACAAGGCCUUAGAGAGGGCUAAGAAGGAGCGGGCAUACAACAGGUAGCUGCUCUGGCCCAUUGAACACUAUUAAUGUAUAAAUGUUCAUUUUGUGUGUUGAAUUUUUGUAUUCAUUCUCUUCCAAUGUUGUUUAACAUGAGUGACGGAUUGUCGAGGGAGGUCUUGUACAUAGUUAUUUUUGUAAUUGCGACAUAGCUGUAAAACAAGGUCACUCCCUCCUGUUCAGGAUUAAUAGUAAAUGGACACAAUACAAUGCAGCCUGCAUGUUUUGAACCAACUGUCCCACACUUGACUCCCGCAUAGUUGUAAUUGGCUCAGCUUUGUCAUGCAUGCAACAUUACCCACCUCACUGUCCAUGUUCAGUUAACAAAUAAAAUAUUUAGAAAAAUGAA